AUGGCGUUCGAAUACGGAGUGAAUGUGACCAACAAGUACGGUAACAUAUCCGACGAUGAAGGUUUUUUUUUUCGCUUUUUGAAACUGUUUUUAAGAGUUUUUUUCAGAGUUUGACGACCCUCGUGAGCUUCUUCAGAAGGUAACUGCACUCGCGGCUCAGAAGAAGGAAGACAAGCCUGCGGCGAAGCCCGCCCCGCCGACCAAGGAAGCUCCUAAGCCUUUCUCUUCUGGUCAGUUCAGGCCUCUUCUCGUUUUUUUUUUUAUUUCAUCGGCAAGGUUGAGCUGGUGACGUUUUCAAAGUAAAUUCAGCGGAUUCAAAACGAACCAUAUAUUCGUUUAAUAAUUCCGGCAAAUAGGUAGAUCUGGGAUUUUCGGUGGGCGUAGAAAAACGAUUCCUAUCACGAAAUGUCGCCAUAAUGCCGUGUUCAAAGUAAUUUUUCGCGAAAUGCAAAGUCAUCUCUAACUUCAAAACUCGGUGAUAUUUCACUUUCUCUGGUGGCUUAUUGGAAUACGCGGAAUCACCUUGAACAUGGCAUAAAUUCUUAUGGCGAACACGAAAAUUUAAAACUCGCGUCUAAAACACCGUAAAAAUUCGUAUACUGUGAUAUAUCGUCGUAGGGCCUUUUUUUGUGAAGGCUCCAAAAAGGGAACAAUUUUUUUUGUUUUGAAGCAUGUUCCGUUUCUCCGAUAAACACGCCUUAAAAUUCUGCCCAUUUUCCGAAAACAUUUUUAACGACGAAUAACGCGUCGAUUUAAAAAUAGCCGAAAUUACUUUGAACCCAGUUAGAAAAAAAAUUUCCUUCAUGUGAAAAUUGUUUUGUAGGCAAGGAAAAUCGCCCAGCCAGUGGGGGUGAAAGAGGACGUGGGAGUCGAGGUCGCGGCCGUGGAGGCGCAGGUCGUCCAAGAGAAGGAUUCGAGCACGGAGGUGAACGAACUGGAGAAACCCGUGGACGUGGAGGACCUCGCCGGGGCGGAGAACGUGGUGAACGUGGAGGAAGACCUUUGUCAGUUAUUAAACAUUUAAUCAUGAUUGUGUUCGAAGUUAUAGCCGCGGACGUGGAGGUGCAGUUACUUCACCUUCUUCUGAAGAAAGUCCCAACAAGGAACACUCAUCCUAUGAUGAGAACUUUGAUGGAAACACUGAAGGUAACUCGGGCGCUACAGUUCGUAAUAAUCGAUCGACAUUUCAUUGGUUACAGUUGUCACAAAAUGGGUCUUAAAAACGUCAAGUUCCAUAGAGCGGAAGCGUUAUCAGUAUCUAAUGACGUGUUCAAAACUAAUUUGCGCAGCGAAAAAGUUUUUUUGGUUCAAAAGCACGAGCCGAAAAGCGGCAGGUUCCCAAGACGUGAUUGGUUAACUCCGCCUUUUUGGUAAAUGUCUAAUAUAACUUUAUUUUCAAAAUAUUUUUCUUGCCGGCAGGGCCGACCAAUCAUGUCGUGAGAAUGUGCUGCUUUUCGCCGCGUUUCGGCUCGUACUUUUGGACCAGAAAAACUUUCGCUGCGCGCGUCAAAUUAGCUUUGAACGCGGCAUUAGUAGCUCGUGAUUCAUUUUUUUUUUUUUUCAUGAAACUUAUGAUUAAUUAAUUUUAAUUACACAACAAUCAGCCUUAUCAAGAAAAAAAAGUGACUUCGAAAUCGUUUUUCGUAAAGCGCAAUUACUGUUGAAUGCCGUUUCCGCUUACUACUUACCAAUUAAUCGGGAAACUUGCCUCAAAGUAAUAGUGCAUUUCAAAAAUGUUCGAUAUAAAGGGCGCCCUCGCGGUCGUGGACGUGGAGGUUUCACUCUUGGAGGACGCGGUGGUGGUGGUCGCGGUGGACGUGGAAGGCAGUUUGAUCGCCAAAGCGGCUCUGACCGCACUGGUGUUCGCAGUUUCGAGAAAAAAGACGGCCAUGGAAAAGGCAACUGGGGAGAUCAAAAGGUUAGCAAUCAUAUUACUCGCAUGCUGGCGAUUAGCACCCGUUUAAUUCUUUCCUUUUCAAAUUUUAAAAUCAAAUUUAAACUUUCUGAAUAUAAUGCCGCGUUCAAAGCUUAUUUGACGCGCGUGUCAAAACAGUUUUCGUUGUUAAAAAGCAUCAGCUGAAUCGCAGAGAAACUAGACGGAUUCCCACGAGGGGUGCAGGAGACACGAUCUCGCCUCGGUAAAAAAAAAAUGGACGAUCUCGUCUCUUUUUGAAAAGCAGAAAUAAAUACGGCCCGUCUCGAGAAAUUUUGAAAGGAAAAAAGGCUUUUCUACCCAAGAAGAUGAAAAUAUGGCAUCAUAACGUAACAUAAAGUUAUUCAUCAAAUCCAUAGCGCAGUUUCUGAUUUUGCGUAAACUCUCAAUAAAGAAAAGUUAUCGCACAUUUUUGAGUUUUGGUCGUUUUCAAGUGUUUGUUACACAAAAUAUCCAUUUUUUUUUCAUUUUAAAAUGUUUCGAACUCACGCAUGUUUGAGGCAGUGUUACGGUGGCCGGUCAUUAUUGCCCCGUCAGUUUUGGAGCCAGAAAAUCUUUUUUAAAAUUUUUUUACGGAUCUAUUUCUCGAGGUUUCGAGAUAAGGUACGUUACAAACAGUAAACACGCUAAUUUUAUUACCGAAAAACCUAUCCUGACUACCUCAAACAGGCGUGAUGCCGUGUUCAAUUUGAUUCCGCGAAAUGCGAAAUGAUCUCUGACUCUCCAAAAUUUAGUGAUCUUUUCCUUUCUCUAACGGGUAAUUUGCAUUUCGCGUAAUCAAAUUGAACACGGCAUGAACUCUUCUCGAGAUUUUUUUUUUUCCAAAUUUUUUUUGUCUCGAGAUAAUUUUUCUCGUCUCGAAACUUAAAAACCUCUUCUCGUGCAUCCACAGUGUGAUUCGUCGGCUGCGCCCCUUGGACAAAAAAAUAUUUUUUUAAAAAUUUAGAUAUAUUGAUACUUGCCAAAACAGCGGAGCCAUGGAAUCCAGCCGUGGAAAUCCGCUGCGUUUCGGCUCGAGUCAUUAAAUCAGAAAUACACUUUUGCUGAGCGCGUCAAAUUAGCUUUGAAAGCGGCAAAAAAAGUUUCAUUUAAAUUUUUCGGCUUUGAUUUUUACACUUAAAAGGAUGGUACGACAAAAUCUCAAGCUCGCAAAUUUUGAGGAGCCUGUGGAAUACAUCGGCUGGGUCGGCCUUUUGCGCGCGAACAAAAAAUUAACAAAUGUACUGAAAUGGGCCGAACUUUUCGGGGGGUAGGACGCACCCCGGGGUGGACUCCAGCCGACGUAUGACGCAAAGCUCAAAAAUUUGAAGACCAAAAUCUCGGAAACCACUAUUGAAAAACGAAAACCAUUGCUUUGGAAGAAUAAAUUCAAUCGGAAAAUAGUGUUCGGUGAUCGGAAGAAGAGAAUAUAAUGCCGCGUUGAAAGCUAUUUUGACGCGCGCAGCGAAACAGUUCAUCUGGUUCAAAGCACGAUAGAUGUCUCCGCCCAUUUUUUGCAUUUUGUAUUUAAGCUUAUAAAUUCCGCUUUCAAUCAUUUUUAUUUGUUUCCUCUCAUCGUGAUGUUUUAAAACGUAAAAUUCAAUGCAUAAAACUCAGCUAUAUCCAUUUUUCAAUUUUUAUAUGGUUCUCCAAAAACUCGCGCAAAUGUGCUCGAAACCGGUUUUAAAAGUGAGCAUACAUACUAAUGCCGUGUUCAAAGUGAUUCCGCGAAAUUCAAAAUAGCCGUCAGAGAAAGAGAAAGAUAACUAAAUUUUGGAGGGUCAGAGACCAUUUUGCAUUUCGCGGAAAUUACUUUGAACACCGCAUAAUAAAUAAUCUAAAAGUACCAAAAAACCAUUUUGAAAAGGUUUUCCCAUUCAGAAGGUCAAAGCUGAUUUGAAGCGCGCAGCGAAAAAGUUUUUCUGGUUCAAAAGCACGAGCCAGAAACCUUGUGCGUCCCCCACCCGUGCAUGAGUAUACGUCUUUGUAUAAAUAGCACGAUGAAGGAAAAUACCUCAAAGUGAAAAACGGAAUGGUUUUUUUUAUUACUUACAUAGUUUCAUCAGGAUGAGCUUGCUGCGGAGACUGAAAACCUGGCUUCGGUGGAAGAGAAUCAAGAGCCAGAAGCCCCUCGGGAGAAGACUGCUGAAGAAAUUCGGUUCGAACAGGAGAAGGAAGAGUUCGCUAAGAUGAAGACGUUGAAAGAAUUCCGAGCCCAAAGCCAGGUUUUUUGAACUUUAUAUGUUUUUAAACAUUUUUGUUGCAGGCUGAUGCUCAUAAGUUUAACACUCGCAAGGCUGGCGAAGGUGAUAAUGAAAACUUCGGUAAACUGGUACCUAUCAAGAAGGAUCUGAUCCCGGACAAGGAAGAAGACGAAAUUGUCGUUGUCAAGAAAGAGCCGAAAAAGCAACUUCUUGACAUCAACAUCACUUUUGCCGAAAAUAACCGUGGUGGCCGUGACAACCGCGACUUCCGCAGCGAACGCGGUAACGAUCGUCCAGCUCGUGGUCGAGGCAGUGGUCGUGGGCGUGGAGGUGCUGGAAACAGCUCUCGUGCCUAUGGGACUACCUUUGAUUCUUCUCUCGAAGCUUUCCCGGCACUCGGUGCGAAGUAA